CCAUGCUGGAUCGAGGAGCGUGGCCAGGAACUGCCACCAACGCCCUGCAGCAGCCGCGACUUACAAUAUGGCACCAGCAGCAGCCCCGCUCCUCACGAGUUAUUUCAAGCCGCAAGGCAGUGUCCCAAGCAUCCGGCCGACUGAGGCUGCAGCAGCACAGGCGGAUGGUGCAGCCCCUUGCAGCCUCCGCCGCGCCUCCCGCCGGUGAUACUGGCCCAAGGGGGCAGGGUGGUGCUCUGGAUGAAGCCGUCAGUGCUUUGCGGUCGCGCCUGGAGCCUGCGGUUCUGGCGGAGCUGCAGGAGCAGCAGCAGCAGCAGGCCGCUGCCUAUCGCCGAUCGUCGGUCCGCCGCCUCGAGGCGGAUGGCCUCGUCCUGCAAAACCUGCUGGCGGCGCCGACAGGCAGGGAGCUGUCUGACUUCAUCUGGUGUCUCACUCUUCGCAAUCGGCAGCGGCUACCAUAUCAUCGAUUCAAGCGCGGUGACACUGUGCUCCUGGCCCCAUCUCGCCCCAAGCGCGCGAACGCAGCCAGCAGCCAGCGAGCCAGCAGCGGCAGCAGCACUAUUGAUGUCAACAGCUACAGCGAUGGCAGUGACGUCACCAGCGGGCCGCAGGUGCUGGAUGCGACCCUAGAGGGCACGGUGCAGGCAGUGGGCCAGGACGAGGUGCGGGUCGCGGUGGCCAAGCCGGUGGCGGAGACGAUGGGGGCAGCUCCCGCAGGCACGCGGUGGCGGCUGGACCAGGGCGUUAGUGCCACCACUGCGCAGCGCCAGCUGGCCGCCUUGUCCCGCCUGGGCAUGCUGCACGACUCCAGGUGCCGGGGCGAGGCCGCGGUGCGGGCCAUACUGCUGGGCUCUCCGCAGGCUGAGCGCUUGGCUGCGCGUCCCACGACCUGGGCUGAAAGCAGCGAGUGGCGGUCGGCCGCCGCGGAGCAGCUCCGCCGGCAGCAGCAGCAGCAGCUGAACGAGUCACAGGUCAGGGCGGUGGCGGCUUCGCUUACCCGAACCUUCACCUUGUGGCAGGGCCCCCCCGGCACUGGCAAGACGCGAACGCUGCUGGCAUUUGUGGAGGUCAUGGUCCGCGCAGUGGAGGGGUCGGUGGUGCGGCGGCAUGCGCAGGGCGCCAUCCUGGCGGUUGCCGACACAAACGCAGCUGCUGACAACUUGCUGGACGGGCUGCUGGCGCGGGGGAUUAGGGCGGUGCGGGUGGGGCAACCAGCCAAGGUGCGACCUGAGCUGCGCCACGCCUGCCUGGAAGCGCUGGUGCAAAGCACUCCAAGUGGGCAGCGCGCGGCGAGGCUGCGGGCAGGCGCAGACGUUUUCCUGCAGCAGGUGGUUGUGGCCACCUGCAAUGGCGCUGGGGAUGCCAGGCUGGAGGCGCAGUGCUUCCGCAUCGUUGUGCUGGACGAGUGUGCGCAGGCCACUGAGCCAUCGAGCCUGGUGCCACUAGUGAAGGGCGCCCAGUGCGUGGUGAUGGCAGGAGAUCAGAGACAGCUGCCGCCAACCGUUGUUUCUGAGCGUGCUAAAGAGAUGUACCACCUUGACGUGCCUUUGUUCACUCGCUUGCUCGAGGGCGGGGUGUCCAGCCGGCUGCUGGAGGUGCAGUACAGGAUGCACCCCGCAAUUUCGGAGUUCCCUUCACGUCACUUCUAUUCUGGCCGCGUGCAGUCAGGCGUAACGCAGCAGGACAGGCCGCCCGUGAGGGGCGUGCCGUGGACCAAUCCUGCGUGCCCAGUGCUCUUCAUCAACAUAGCAGAGGGCAGCGAGCAGCAAGCUUUGGCUGGCAACAACCGGCGAGGCGGCAGUGGCGACAGCAGCGGCGCUUCCUACAGCAACUCUGAGGAGGCAGAAGUGGCCAUGAAAGCACUGCAGCGAGUGUUGCAGGAGGAUGACAGUGUGCAAUCCAUUGUCCUGCUGUCGCCAUACAACGGCCAGGUGCGGCUGCUUACUUCACUGCUGAGCCGGGCAGAGCUGCCAGAGGGGGCAGCCGAUCGCUGCCAGAUCACCGUAUCGACGGUGGAUGGCUACCAAGGCCGGGAAUCCGACGUGGUUAUAUUCUCAACAGUUCGCAGCAAUCCAGCUGGCAGGGUGGGGUUCCUCUCGGAUGAGCGGCGCCUUAAUGUGGCCAUCACGCGGGCGCGGCGCGGUCUCAUAGUAUUGGGCAACCAAGCCACUCUGCAGCACGACCCGAAUUGGGGCGCCUGGAUGCAAUGGGUGGCAGAGCAGCGGCGCCUACGCCCAGCAGCCUCGACCAUUGCACCUGAGAUGCAUCAGUGCUUUCAGCUACCUUCGUGACUGAUCUCCACCAUGCCUUCAUUCAUCAGCACUGUGAUAUUGACUUUUAAUUGUUUUGCAACCAAUUUGUUUGGAAUAAUUGUGAGCGCUCAUUUGCUGGUUGCACUUAGCUUUUAUUGUUCAUGUUGUUGCUGCCGGCUACCUGCUCUGCAAGAAUUCUAUC